AGUAUAUAUACCUGGAUUUCGCUCAGUGGGAAAGUUUUGAUUCUGGUCUUUGAUCCCGUUGAGCAUCAUUUUGUGCUGACUGGUAUCCGUAGCAACUGAGACGACGCAAACGUCGCGUUUUUUCUGCAUAGCAUCUUUUCUUCUCUAACACAAGCAGCUAUGGCGAAUGUCUUAACAGGAACGAUGGACGUAGUUUACGAAAAUAGUGUAUCUGCUAUAGAAGGCUUACAAGCCAGGUUUCUGCAGCAGAGUGAUGUAUUCUUCUUAAUUUCCAACCUCUUCGACCCCAGAUAUGCAUUUCUGGUUUACUCUCCAUUAUUUCUUUCUCUUGACUGGCGUGUUGGCAAAAAGAUAAUGUGGGUGACAGUGAUAGCCGAAUGGGUCAACCAAAUGCUGAAAUGGGCUCUUCAUGGUGAACGUCCUUAUUGGUGGAUUCACGAGACUCAAGUGUAUAAUAGAACUGGAAUAUCAACACCAGAUAUUCAACAAUUUUCCCUCACUUGUGAAACUGGUCCAGGCAGUCCAUCUGGCCAUUCAAUGGUGACAGCUGGUGUGUGGUACGUCAUUCUAGAUGCUUUCCUUGAAAAGUUCAAUUUCAACAGAAAGGACAGCAACAGUUUGGUUCCGAAAAUCUGUUGGUUAGCUUACAUAGUCCUCUUGACAACAGUCAGUGCUUCCAGAGUGUUCAUUGCAGCUCAUUUCCCGCAUCAGUGUUUCAUUGGCAUGGCUCUUGGAUGGCUGGUAGCUAAGAAAUUGAAUAACAUCACCCAACAACAGGUUGGCACAUUUCUCUAUUGUGCUAUCACUGCUGGCAUGCUUGCCAGUGCUUUGUCUAUGUAUGCAUUUUUGACCGCUAUCGGAGUGGAUCCCAUGUGGUCUGUUGGAAGAGCUAUUAAAUGGUGCGCUAAGCCAGAAUAUGUUCACCUGGAUACCUCACCGUUUUUCUCCAUGAUGCGAUACUGCGGAUUCAUGUUUGGCAUGGGUUUCGGAUUCAACAGUAAAAGUUUCAAGGAAAACUCAAAGUCAAAAUUUACACUGGCAAUGAGGAUUGCAUGUGCAAUUAUUUCUGUGGGUGUGUGCAAGUUAUCAGAAAAAGUAUCAUUGCUCAGAAUUAAUAUGUUCUUAUUUUAUGUUCAAGCUUUCCUUCUUAAUGCUUUGUUAUCCUAUAUCAUGAUAGCUGCAGCUCCGUAUAUUGUGUCAAAGAUCUGGAAUACGAAAGCAAAACAGAAAGCACAGUAAAACCAAAAAUAAGUAAGGAACUAUAUAUGUGAUACAAGAUGACAAAAGAACUAUAUAAAAUUUGGACAAAAAGUGAGCAUAUUAUAAACAUAGUUAAAAUAGUUAAUUAAUAAUUAGAAUGCUUUAAUUAAAGUAAGACAUUAGUUCAUGUAUUUUGAGCAAGAAAUCUAAAAUAUACUAAUCGUUUUGUUAAUCUGAGAGAAUUACAAAUAUAUUGUUUUAUUGUUAAAUACAUUUGAUGAUUCGAAAAGCAUGAAUGUUAGUGGGAAAUCGUAUUUAUGUAAAUAAUGUGUACAUAUUUAUGAAAUGUCUGCAAGAAAAGUGAAUAUUCUCUGAAGAAGCACAAACCAUAUACUAAUCAAAAUGUAUAAUGGAUAUCUCAGGGAAAUUCUACUUUUCUAUGCAUUUGUAUUAUAAUGUAAAUAUAUUUGUUGUUAUUGUUUUUUUAUUAUUCCUUGUAAAACCAAGAUCACAUAUCAUCAAGGAUCAUACUGUUUUUUUAUUUGUAUAUAUAUUAAAUAAAAUUGAAAAUUUUA